AAACACCCAAAUAAAAUUGAGAGAAUCAAAGAUUUGAAUCAAGAGGGUAAUAUUGACAAUUGAUUGAACAUUUUUUUCUACCCAAAUAUGCGAGCCGGGUUGUCGGGUGACCCGUUUUGUGUAACCAAACAGUCAAUGAAAAUGGGUCCCGCUGCUUUCCAUUCUGGUUUUCCCCACGCGGCAUCCAUCCCCAGACCUAAUUAAGCUUUUUUACAAAGAAAGCUCUGCCCUUCAUAUAUCGCAAUCAGAUCUCACUUCUCUCUAUCCAUUCCCUUCUGCCACUCUCUGCCAUUCCAGCCACCGCUGUCGGCGGCGCCACCGCCAUUCCCGGCUUAGGACGCUGAGCAUUUGUUGCUUCAGUCUUCCUCCUUGACUGAGGUGUGAUUUUUGCAGAGAUGGCGGGGGACAGAGUGUACAAGCAGAACGGCGCCGCCGCGACUAACGGUUCCGUUCCGGUGCCGGCGCCGAAUCCUGCGACGGUCUACCCUCUAAAGCCCCAGUAUCGCCCCCAGCAGAUGGUUAGCGGAGCCAGACAUGACCGGCGGCGGUUCAGCUGCUGCCGGUGCCUCUGCUGCGGCUGCUUCUGGGCAGUCCUGAUCCUCUGCGUCCUCCUCCUCCUCGGCGCCGCCUACUACGCGCUCUUCCGCCCGCAGCGCCCGGAGUUCUCCGUCUCCUUCCUCAAGAUCUCGCAGUUCAACCUGACCACCGCCGCCUCCGACGGAACCACCCGCCUCACCGCGAAGCUCAGCCUCGCGAUCUCCGCCCACAACCCCAACAAGAAAAUCUCCUACACCUACGACCGGAUCUCCCUGACGGCGAUCUCCGGCGGGAUCGCCCUCGCGAACGGAUCCUCCCCGGGUUUCCCCAGCAACACGAAGAACACCACCGCGAUCCACUCCACUCUGGCCUCGAUCUCGCAGGUCCUGGAUUCCGAUUCCGCCUCCGAAUUGAAGACAGAUCUGAAGAAGAUGAAGAAAAAAGGGUUGCCGAUCAAGAUCUUGAUGGACACCCGGGUAAUGGCGAGCCAGGGCAAGUUGAAGAGCAAGAAAAUCGGGAUCAGAGUGACCUGUGACGGAAUCCAUAGCCAAACUCCGAAGGGGAAGACGGCGGCCAUCGCCGCCACCUCCGGAUCAAGCUGUAAGGUCGAUCUCAGAAUCAAGAUCUGGAAAUGGACUUUCUAAUUUUAGAAUUUUCGUUUUUAAUUUUGAAAUUAAUUAAUUAUAUACAGCACACUUUGUAUUUUAUUUUAUUUUUAGGGUCCGGAGAUGAAAUUGGGGAGAAUUUGGGGGAUGUUUGUAGAAUUGAGGGGAAAUGUGGGGGGUUGGAGCUAUAAAUAUUACAGUAAUUU